GAGGAACGACAGAAUUACGGAGAAGAUAAGAGAGAGAGAGAGUCUGAGGGGGAAAAGCGAAGAAGCUUCUGCAUACACAAAGCACAAAGCUUGAACCUUUGGGUCUGAUCUUCAACAAUAUCUGAGAGAAGGGAAAAUAAAGAGUGAUGAACACUUAUUUAACAAGAUGAAUGGAUUCUCCACUGUGGAUGGCUUCGUGGAGAUAACUGAAAACUUGGCAGAGAUGAUCAAGUACGUGGCAAAUGAACCCUCAGUAGGGCUUUUCUAUGUGCAACAGCACACUCAAAAUGCAAUUCCAAAUGUCAUUACUCUUAAGAAUAAUGUUGUGGAGAAGUCUCACGAAACAACUUUGCACACAGAAGACUUGGAGGAUUCUAUUACAAUGGUGAGGUCAAUGAAAGAAUGUGGUUCCCCCAUUGCUGAUGAGAUGAUUAAAGACAUCAGGAAUUCUCUAACAAUAAUGUCAACUAAACAACCAAGGAGAGGAUUGAUCAAUAACCCCAGUUCAGGUUUUCAGUUGGGAAAAACUGGUUCUUGGGGGCCAGUCACUUGGGGUCGGAGUUCAGGUCAUGCUCAGCAGGAUGGAAGUGGUUAUUUUUCAACCAUUUUCAAAUCAGCGAAACAAAGAGCUAGUAGUGUUACAUGGGUGCCACUUGAAUCGAAACAACGGAUGCAGAAGCUAGUGCCAUAUCCUACUCCACCAUUAUCAGUUGCAUCCGCCAGCACUAGUUCAUCAUUUCCAGAUACAGAAGCUGAUGAACUGCCCUUGUCCAGUCAACUGGCAGAUGAGCUGGAUGAAGGAGAAGAAAAUAGGGAAGAAGCUCAGGAUGAUGGCGAUUCCCAAAAUAACAAUUUAUUGUCAGUGUCAGAAGACUUUGAUGAUUUCAAGGCCAAUAAAGAAGCCAAACUGGAAGAGUGGUUGGAAGGAACUGAUGGCAAGGUGGACAAAAGCGGGGGGCAAGUAAUGCAGUGAGGCUUUUACCUUGACAGUUUUGACUUUGCUUGUAAAUGGUGUUGUUUGUUCCAAAAUUACAUCUCUUGUUAUAUGUGCUGCCUUUAGCUGAAAUUGCAUCUCUUGUUGCUUGCUUCUUGUCUAUCUGUAUGUAAUGUGGAAAUGGUUCUUUUUAAUGUAUCUUGGAGAAAGGAUAAAGAAAAAUGAUAUAUAGUUGAUAAUACUCAUUUGCUGAGAGUUGUGAUUUCUAAAAGUAAUGAUAUAUAUACUUGCCCCUUUACCUACUUAAUGGAACAUUAACAAUUUUCUACUAUUGAUUAGGGAUUUGCCAAUGUGAAAUCUGAUAAAAUUGUAAAUUCUAA